AAAAAAAAAAAGGAGGAGGAAGGGGAGAGAGGGAAAAAAAAAAAAAAGGAAAAAAAAAAAAGGAGCCAGCGAAAAAAGGGCCCCCGCCGCCGCCGCCGCCGCCGCGCCGAGCCGAGCCGCCAGCAGAGAGGCUCCGCCGCGGCUCCGCUCCAAGAUGCACAGAACCACCCGGAUAAAGAUCACGGAGCUCAACCCCCACCUCAUGUGCGCCCUGUGCGGCGGCUACUUCAUCGACGCCACCACCAUCGUGGAGUGCCUGCACUCCUUCUGCAAAACCUGCAUCGUUCGCUACCUGGAGACCAACAAGUACUGCCCCAUGUGCGACGUCCAGGUGCACAAAACCAGGCCCCUGCUCAGCAUCAGGUCAGACAAAACCCUGCAGGAUAUAGUGUACAAACUGGUCCCGGGGCUUUUCAAAGAUGAGAUGAAGCGGCGGCGCGACUUCUACGCCGCCUACCCCGUGGUGGAGGGUGAGUGCCCGGGGGGCCGCCCGCCCGCCCGCCCCGCGGCGCCGGCCUCGCCGCCCGCCCUGGCCCCCGGCACCGCGCCCCACGGCUCCGGCGAGGAGCGCGGGGAGGGGGCCGAGCGGCGCGGGGGCGGCCUGGCCGACGACGAGAUCGUCAGCUUGUCCAUCGAGUUUUACGAGGGCACGAGAGAGGAGAAGAAAGGCGCCCUGGAGAACGGCGACCUGGAGAAGGAGAAGCGCAACGGCGUGCGGUUCCUGCGCUGCCCCGCCGCCAUGACCGUCAUGCACCUGGCCAAAUUCCUCCGCAACAAGAUGGACGUGCCCAGCAAGUACAAGGUGGAGGUGCUCUACGAGGACGAGCCGCUGAAGGAGUACUACACCCUGAUGGACAUCGCCUACAUCUACCCCUGGAGGCGGAACGGGCCGCUGCCGCUGAAGUACCGGGUCCAGCCGGCCUGCAAGCGCCUCAAGCUCGCGCAGCCCCCCAACUCCGAGGGCACCAACACCAGCGGCGCCUCCGAGUGCGAGUCGGGCAGCGACAAGGCGCCCAGUCCCGGGGCACCCGCCGCCGCCGCCGCCGCCGCCGCCGCCUCGCUGCCCAGCCCCGGCACGCCGCACGGCUCGCCCGGCUCCGGCACCGCUGCCGCCAGCGGGGCCCUGCCCAACGGCACCGGCGGCCCCCCGCCACCCCCCGCCGCCCCCCGCGGCCGCAAAACGACUCUCAACGGCAGCGCGGCCUCCGCCUUGACCUAAGCGCCGCCCCCGCCCGCCCUUUUAUAUAUCUAUAUAUAUAUUAUAUAUAUACAUAUAUAUGUGUACAUAGGGAGAAAAAAAAAUUAUACAUACUUAUUUUCUAUUGAGUGAGCAGAUUAAUUUAAGAUGCAAAUAAGACACAUAAAUGUGGUUGGAUAUUUUUAAAUGUUCUUUUUUCUUCUUCUUCUUUUUAAUUAUUAUUUCUCGUUAUUUUAACUUAACGCAAGCUGCAUGCCGGAGCCGGGGGUCCCGCAGGCGCUGCCGUCUGCCCGGCUCGGUUUCUAUAAUGCUUUUCCCCCCCUUUCCCCCCCCCGCGCCGGGGCCGUGAGCAGCGGAGCCCAGAGGCCCAGGUGAGGGCCGCGCACAGGUAAGGGCCGAGCACAGCAGCCGAAGCCUCCCCGGGCGCCGCAGCUUUGCCUCGCCGCGGCUUUACCUCGCCGUGCACGUCGCUGUGUCUUUUUUUUAUUAUUAUUAUUUAUUUUGCUUCCCCUGUGUGGUUUCUGGACAGUGUCUCAGGCUCUGGCCUAGCAAAGCCUCCCCUUUAUGCACAGUAAGUAGCUGCUUUUCUUUUUUUCCCCCUCCACACUCGCAAGGUGACACUGCCCGUACGUGGGGGGGGGUGCGGCCGCACAAGCCCCCCCCGAGCGGUGCCUUCCCCUCUGCGAGGGCGGCCGGGCAGCGAUGCUGCCCUCGGGCUGGCGGGCAGGGCCGGCUCCCGCCUGCUCCGGAGGGUUUCGGCCGGUGCAGCUGGACCGUUCGGGGUGGCUGGAAGCCCCCGUGCAGGACGGCGGCUCUGCAGACGCCGUUGAACGCGCCGGAGCGCCCGUGGGGUCCCGUUCCUGCACCCGCCCCCUCCGAGCCCCCCCAGCUCGAACCCCCAUUUCGGAGCAUUUUAUUUUUCCCCAUCUCCCCCCUCUCCUGUCUCUGCAUUGCAUUUUAAAAAAAAUAAACUACAGUGCCUUUAGCCGGGAGGUUUUGGUGCGGCGAGCGCGGGAAGGUGCCGCCGGGCCGCGGGAACACGCGCGCUCCGGGCCGAGGGACCAGGUUCUGCACCGCACAAGCACAGGAGCCCGGGCGCGCGGCCCCGGGGGUCUCGUCCCCCUCCGUCGUGGGGUCGCGGGGAGGAUGGACGGCAAAAAAACAAAAUGAACAAGUAAGCAAGUGCCUGCGGAGCCCCGGCGGCAGCGCGGGCUCGCGUCGCUGCGCCCCGGGAGGGGGGACACUGCGGCGGCGGCGCGACGGCACGUGGAGAACCAAAGGAAACCGGCACGGGAAUUGUACGAACUCCAAAGGUCAGUAAACGUGGGAUGUUACUCGUUAUUUUUCUUUUUUUUUUUUUCCCCUUUUUUAAGUAGCGCAACCCCCACGAUGAACUUUGCAGGCACCUUCGCAAGCCCAGCGGGCGCCCGCGGGGGCUGCCCCGUCCGUCCCGCCGGGCUCGCAGCGCGCCGGGGGCUCCACUCGUCCCGACGCCCCUUUUCUCCUUGUAAAUAGGCCAAAACGGAGCGAGGGAGGCGGCGGAAGCGCCUCGACCCGGCAUUUGGGGGGCACUGGGGGCUGUUCUGCUUUUUGGGGUUUUUUUUCCUAUAUGGUACAAACCAAAUUGCUCUGUAUGUUUGCAUCCUGUACGACGUUUUAAUGUCCUGUAAUAUAUUCUGAUAUUCAUAUAUCGUCAUGGGUUAAACGUUUGUAUAACUACACAGCUUUGUAAAUGUAAUAAAUGCUGCGGACUGUCACGGA